AUAGAUAGAUAGAUAGAUAGAUAGAUAGAUAGAUAGAUAGAUAGAUAGAUAGAUAGAUAGAUAGAUAGAUAGAUAGAUAGAUAGAUAGAUAGAUCUACUCUAUUCGUUUCAGCUAGUAAAUGUAUAAACUUUGUAUCACCUAUUCCAAAAUUGUUUUAGAGCUGAAUACUUAGAUAGAAAUGAGUAGACUUGUGCAUUCCGAAUUCUCUCGGAUGCUAAGCAGAAAUUGGAACAAAUUUCAAAGCCUAAUAGUUCAUCACCACAAGAAUUCUGUCAAGGAACACAGCUGUAGGAUGGACUUGCACAUUAGCAGCACUUUAAUGCAACCAUUAUGUACUAAACACAUGCCUGGCGCUCGGGGGCCCCACAGCACCUCAUAUAGACUUACCUGGCUGUCUUUCCAUACUAGCACCAGGAGAUUGGUCCCCCCUUUUCUACUGAUAAUUUUAGGCUCUGUGACAAAAGUAGGUGCCGCACUUUCGUUAGGAUUCUUCAGAAUUGUCUACACAAUUGUCUACACACGCUUGAAUGAGAGCAACAGAAUGAAGUUUUUUGAGGCUGCCAAAAAGUACUGGUACUUACUUCUAGGGGGCAGCUCAGUGAUAUCAGGGACAUCCUACUAUAAUUAUUGUACAGAGAAGACGCCCAUUACUGGGCGAAAGCGUUUUAUGAUCUUCAAUAAACAACAAAGAGCAGAUAUGGCCAAAACACAAUCGGAAAUGCUGAGAAAGCACUUCAAACUGAACCCUCAGAGCAUCUACCCCAGCACACACAGCAAGCAUAGGAUGGUCCAGGACGUGGCGGACAAACUUCUUGCUGCCAACCCCGAGCUCAAGCACAUUGAGCAGUUCAGAGUUUUUGUUAUUAAGGAUCCAAUACUCAACGCUCACGUUUUGCAUGAUGGGCAUGUCUUUGUCAGUGCUUCUAUUCUCAAACUCGCCAGCAAUUCAGAUCAGAUAGCAAUGUUGCUUGGACAUGAAUUAGCGCACGCAUUGCUGGAUCAUGGAAUCGAAAAGCUAAACCACGGAACUAUUGUAGAGGACGUGAUCAUAUCAGUGUUGGGUCUGCUCGGCUACAUUUUACCAAAAGGAGAAAUAUCAAAAUAUUUACGAGGCAGAGUUGUCAGAAUGCAACUUCAAAGGCCCUACACGCAUGAAAUGGAGGAAGAGGCAGAUAUAAUUGGUGUACGGUUUGCAGCUAAUGCUUGCUACGACAUCCGAGAAGGUGUGGUGUUUUGGCGCAAAAUGGCAAAGUAUCAGAAAACAUCCGAGCCAUCGGAAGUAAAUGCAGAGUGGACCUGGACACAUCCUGAUAGCCCAGAAAGAGCUGCUCAUAUUGAGAAUGUUCUAGAAGAGGCUGAGCAGUGGAGAAAAGAAAAAAAUUGUCCAGCCCUUCCAGAGGCAGACCCAAGAAAUAAGAAGAUCAGACUACCCUCCGCAGAGAAGUAUGGCUGGUAUAAGAGCAGUUCAAAGAAGGAUCUCUCUGUUGGCGCUGUUAAGGAUUCUAAGGAUACACACGAUCAUUCCAAACCUCCAACCGAGGAGUGAUGAACUUUACGCUAAAGUGUCAGUUGUAUACAUUUGUCCAAUCCCUUCCAUCAAUGGAUCAUAAAAUUCAAUGCCAAACAUUUAA